UUACUCAAUCUCCCAUGCAUCGUCAGUGACAUUCUGGUCCGUUUGCAGCUUCCUGUAAACUGCGCGCAUGUUAGCUGAUCUCCAUCGACAGAACGCUACGGACAUGUACGUGUGCUGGAGCGUUAUGAAGGUGGUUACCAGUUACAAAAUCGGGUUACGUGAUCGCGGCCAAAAGCGGAGACUCCAUGACGCACGGAAACGCGCAGCUCUAAUAAACAACAUUACAUUAAAUGGAGGAUCAAGCUUAGGCUACAUCCGGCAGCUUAGAUGUAACUUACGCUUCAUAUCUUUAUAUGAUUUCUUUACAGGUGAGCAGGACACCAGUUCUCACAGACCAUGGAUAGACGGUGGUUUAUUGGACCUGAGAGGAUUUCCUCUACAAAAUCUGAAGAGCAGAUGUCCAGGCCCCGCAUGACUAUCAACCUGACUGAAAUGCUUCGAGCUGACAAACCUAAUGCAGUAAAGAAGCCAGUUCCAGUCCGCCCCCCAAGCCCCAGAGUCUCUCUGCCAAGGGGACAAGAGUUCCGACGCAGUCUCUCCUGUGAACCCACGCCUAAACCCAUCAUCCGACAACGGUCACACUCUCUGCCCUCCGCCACAGAGAAGAAGAAGCAAUGCAGAAAUGUCGGUGUGCGGUUUGUAGACUCUUUGGGGCUCGACCUGGAAGACAUCAGGCUUUUCAAAUCUGGAGAGGAUCCAUUUGUACCACAUCAUGUUACCUUUAGAUUGUUGAUGGGUGCAGAGUUGGCAGAUGGAAGGCAUCUGGAGAUAUCCUUGCCAUACUUGAAGCCAUUUUUUGCCCAACAACCUGGCGACCAGCCAGGAUUCCUGCAUCGUCUGCGUGAGCAGAAAGUGUGUCUGGAGAGAGUCUUGUGUUUUGAACUGGGUGUCAUUGGAAUCACCCAGGUCCUCAAUUUGGGCUUUGAGAAAGAUGUCACAGCUCGCUAUUCAUUUACAGAGUGGAGGAGCUGCACAGAAACUAAGGCCUCUUGGGUGUCCACCAUCAACAAGACCUGGGAAGGAGAAGGGAGCCAACUCAGUUAUGAUACAUUUCGUUUCCACCUGCCUGUUCCACCAUUCCUGCAGCCAGGAGCAGUGUUACAGUUUGCCAUCCAGUACAAAGUCUGUGGUGCUGAAUACUGGGACAACAAUGAUGGAGAGAAUUAUAAGUUAGUUUGCCAUAACUACAAGCUCACUGUGCCCAAAGAAUGCGAGGAUAGCAUGGUGCACUUCAUUUAGGAUGCUGACUAAAGGUAGAAGAAACCUAUUUCGAGCACUUUAUGACUGUUGUCAGCAAGACCUAUUAAAAAUGUAUAAGUGCAUUGGAACAUAUAAUGUUCAUUUUGUUAGUGCUAACAGAGGAUUUCUUUGAAUCAAGUUAGGUUCAAGAUAAACUGUUAACUCUGGUAACUAACUAACCAGAGUGAAAUUUACACUAGAGCGCUUAUACAUGAUGCCAACUUUAGUGCCACUGUUUUACUUUUGUUUUCUUUUUAAAAAUUGCACUGUAUUAUUUGAUUUUCGUGGCUAUUUCAAAAUUGCACUUUAAUGUGGGAACAUCCAAUGAAAGUGACACCCACUGAGCAUUGCAUAAAUACUCAGUGAAAUUUAAAUUAAUGCACUUCAGUCCACUGUUUUUUUCCAGCUGGGUAUUUGACAUAGAAAAUAGUUUUAUACAAUGAAGGAAUUUGGUCUGCUGAACCAUUUUGAUCUGUAUUCAGAGUUUAUUUUUGAGUCAAAUGUUGUCAAACCAAAUGUCCAAACCAUGUAAUAGAUAAAAAAUGUAUGAAUCAGAAAUCAAUGCUUUUGUUUAACAAUAAAGCACAACUACACACAAUGUUCAACUUGUAGUAUUUUUUUGUUUAGUAGUCAUUUAUAUUCUUAUUGAUAGCUAAGUCCCACCUCCUCUCCUAGCUAGCUUCUGUGACUCAAUGGGUUUUCUCCUUGCCUUUUUAUUAGCCUUUCUGAAAACAUAUUCUUAGUGACAAAAUAUUCUAAAACAUAGCUUUUUGUCUCAGUUUUCAGCUAAAUGGGAAUAAACUACUGUAAUCACAACAUGAAGCUACAACAGCUCCCAGUUGCUGGGGAAACGUAGCCUAGCUGUUGAAUACUAACAAAAUAAAUGUUGUAUAAUCUUUGUGAAAGUGGAGACUUGCUCUAAAUGUAAUAUCCUGUACAGGAGUGGAUAUCUGUUUAGGAUGAAGUACGGACAGAAAACCCGAGAGACAUGUUUCACCUUUCCCCGAAAAAAUUAUGGAUGAAUCCCUCUUUGAGAAACCUCAGUGAGACGAGUUUUAAAAAGUAGUGGAGAGAGGAGAGGAGAGGAGACUGAAGGUGGAAAUUAGCGACUUGUCACGCGCCUGCGUGAUCAACAAAAGACUUCGCGCGUUUUUCACUGGUUCAAUUGAAAAUCCGUCAAAGCUGUAAAAUAAUAGGCAUCAUGUCAUAUUUUUGUGCGACAUUUGACACCACAUCAUUUUAAAGACAGCACAGGCCAAGUGGCAGUAAAGCUGUUCCUCGGAAGGAAGAAUGGCACAGGGUCAGGACACACAGGUGG